CGCUGUCCCCAGGCCUGGCCGUGGCCCCUCGGGGGUGUCGGCCUGCCCCUGCCUCCGACGGGGGGGGGGGGGGCGACUCCUCCUCCGGCCGCUCAGGCGCCUCCAAUGAGCCCCGGGGGCACGCAGGCUGCCUGCGCUGCCCUGCCUGCCGCCUGCCUGCCUUCCCUCUCCUCCUCCUCCUUCCGUCUAAAAAUGGGAGAGCCGAGCCAGGCCGCAGGACCGGGGCUGCCUUCCUCCUCCCCCCCGCCUCCUCCUCCCGGCCCCCGCUCCGGCUGCAGCCUCGCCCCGACGGCCGGGAAAGGGACCCCGCAGCCCGGCGGGGACAUCACCGGGCACCUCACUUUCCCCCUGCUGUCGGUCACCCUCCUGGUGUCCUUUGGCUCCUCCAUGCUCUAUGGCUACAACCUGGCCGUGGUGAACUCACCGGCAGCGCACAUAAAGGCUUUCUACAAUGCCACGUGGUCCCGGCGGUAUGGGCACGGGCUGGCCCCCGGCCCCCUGACCCUCCUCUACUCUCUGACUGUCUCCAUCUUUGCCCUGGGUGGGCUGGUGGGCUCCUUGCUGGUGGGGGUGCUGGUGGAGCAGUAUGGCAGGAACGGUGCGCUGAGCCGCAGUGCUCUCCUUGUCCUCCUGGCCAGUGGCUUCAUGGGCUUCAGCCAGGAGCUGGGGUCCCCGGAGAUGGUGAUUGUCGGCCGCUCCAUCACAGGGCUCCACUCUGGUAUCUGUCUCAGCGUGGUGCCCCUCUACCUGGGUGAAAUCGCCCCCAAGAACCUGCGAGGUUUCCUGGGUCUCAUGCCCAGCAUCUUCAUCUGCCUGGGCGUUUUCUUUGCACAGGUCCUGGGCCUCCCAGAGCUGCUGGGUGAGGACAGGUUCUGGCCCCUUUACCUGUCGGUGGUGGUUGUUCCCGCCUCCCUACAGCUCCUGCUGCUGCACUGCUUCCCUGAGAGCCCACGGUACCUGCUGAUAGAGAGGAACGAUGUCUGCCGGGCCACCAAGGCGCUGUGCCGGUUCCUGGGGACAUCUGAUGUGCAGGAAGUGAUCGAGGAGAUGAAGGAGGAGCAACGGUCGCUCUCCUCUGUGGAGAUGGUCUCCAUACGGCAGCUGCUGCAGGACCACUCUGUCCGCUGGCAGACCCUCUCAGUGGUGGUGGUGAACGCCGGCAUGCAGCUCUCAGGGAUCGAUGCUAUCUGGUUUUACACCAACACCAUCUUCAAGAACGCCAGGAUCCCUGCAGCCCAGAUCCCCUACACCACCGUGGGCACUGGUGCCAUUGAAGUUGUUGCAGGGCUGAUCAGGUGCUUCACCAUUGAGAAGGUGGGCCGGCGGCCCCUCAUCAUCACCGGCUUCUGCACCAUGGGCAUCUGCUCAGCUGGCAUCACUGUCUCCCUGCUGCUGCAGACCACCCUGCCCUGGAUGCGCUAUGUCAGCGUCGCCUGUGUGGUUGGCAUCAUCGCUGGCUUCUGCAUGGGACCAGCCGGCGUCCCCUUCCUGAUGACAGCAGAGCUCUUCACCCAGUCACACCGCCCAGCUGCCUACAUCGUGGGGGGAUCCCUCAACUGGCUCUGCAACUUCACCAUUGGCUUAAUCUUCCCCUUCUUGCAGAUGUCAGCUGGCGCCUUUUGCUAUCUGGUUUUCUGUGGCAUCUGCCUGCUGGUGGCCCUGUAUGUUUACCUUGUUGUUCCUGAGACCAAGAACAAAACCUUCAUGGAGAUCAGCCACAUCUUUGCCACCCGCCGCUCCUUCCUCUCCAUCCCAGCCCACCUCAUCGGGAUGAAAAAGCUGGACGGCUAUGGGGCCUUGGAGAGCAGCUCCCUGGAGGACUCGGGCUCCCGCCUGCCCUGAUCUGGGUGGGCUGAGGGGGACGGGGAUGGUGGAGGAGGCACCGGGCUGGAGAGGGAAGUGGAGGCUAAUUUGCUCAGGCUCAAUCAGCUCUGGGUCUCCCGGGAUACCUCACCAUGUUGCAGCCUGUCGCCGGGAUGAGCCCUGAUGAUGCACCAGGGUUGCAUCAACCACUGUGCAUUGCUCCCGUACUGGAGGAAAUGACCUCCCAGAGCGAGGGGAGCUCCUAGGGACCGGGGAUUCACAUCGCUCCUCUUUCACAUUGUUCCUCUGUGUGUGGAGUUGCCAAGAGCUGCCUGCGCAAGGUGUUUAAUAAAGAACAUUGCCUCCAGAACCAUUGUAUGGCAAGCCCAGUCUGGGAUGGCAGCAAGCUGGAGUGUGUUGGCACGGGUGGGUGCUUCCCCCAGUGCCAGUGAGGAGCAGGAUGGUGUGGGGGGCUUGUCAUCCUCCCUGCUGUGCCUGGCUGGAAAGGUCAAGAUCGCCUAACAUUUCCUAGGAAGGGUGGCCAGGGUGGCUCCCAGGCUCUUGUGUCUCACCCUGGCUUG